AUGCAAAUGACGAAUCGGCCGCAAGUCGGUGGACAGAACAGCGGCGGCGAGCUCAAGCUUCACGUAAGGAAUCUGCCCCCCGAAUGGGGCACAAAGGAGAUAUUCGAAAGUCUGCGACAUUUUGGCUAUCUCAUUCGCAUCGAGGUUUUCGAGGACGAUGCGCAGAGGGCUCGCUCCCGCAAUGCGCGAGUGGUGUUCAGCCCGCCACCACCAUCGAUGGACUGGAUUCAUAAAGGUCUCGAUUUCGCCAAUGCCGUUGGUAACAAACGCCAUGUGGAGUUUGCAGUCUGUCCACCAGCGCAACCACGACGAUUCCAAAGUCCAAUGAAUGCGCUGCGAAGCUUCCCGGAGAACCUCAAAGUCACAGCAUCGCAGCUGGACUUUGGCGUGAUGAAGACGGAGGACAGCAUGCUUGUCCUUCACUCAAUGCAGGAGGGUCUGGUUACGCCCAUCGAAAUGGCUCUCAACCUCUCUCGCAAAGUCGUCGAUCUCAACUUUGCUCUCCCGGGUCUGGCAGAGAGUGAGGGAAGAAGGCAGCGAGGCAAGUCAUGGUCUUUCAAGAUCCGCAUCAAUAUCGCCCAAAUGCAACGCAUCGUCGAGAUGAAGAACGAACUCACAGGCCAGAGGGCAUGGGUGAUUUCGAUUGCACAGCCGCCCAUGAUCUACCGCAAGACCGACAAUGUCCGAGACACCCACGAACCCGGUGCCACUACCUGGACUGAAUGGCAAGCCUGGCUUCGCCAAACGGGGGUCGAGACGAGCGAGGCUUCUACCACGGACAUGAUUCAACUGCAAAAGACUUCGGGCAUUGAUUUCGGGAGAUGGUUGACUUACAGCGCCAUUUUCGACAAACCCACUGCGGACUCUGCGGCGUUAUUCCAGCUACAACAGGCUUUACAGGACCACAAUAUUCCCAUAUCAAAGGAAGCAGUGGUCAGCUUUGAUCACAAGACUCCCGAUCUCCUCUGGACUUGGCUCGAUAACCCUGUCACGGUUCUCGCCGGUGCUGAGACCGCUUCGACUGCUUCGGAGAUGGCGCUGAUGGCGACCGAGACGAUUCAUCUGCCCUUCCGCAUACGAUAUCAACUCGAAGUAUGCAUAAGCCAAGGCAUGCUGCACGAGUGCAACAUUCACAAAGACUUCUUGACAAAGCUAGGCUCCAUGGACGUCGAGCGAGCAGUCAAGUUGCUGGAGAAGGUGGCCGAUGAGGGAGAGCGCUUCUACGACACCAACACCAUCUUCGCACGUCUAAUGAACAAGGUCAGCGUGGUGCGCAAAGAGCCGCCGUGGUACUACGCAAUGGUCAGAGCCGCCAUCAUCACGCCAACCACCAUCUCCUUCACGACUCCUGUCUUGGAGACGUCAAACAGAGUCAUCCGCAAAUACCACCAGCAUCAAGACCGUUUCAUCCGCGUCAAGUUCACAGACGAGAAGUAUAAGGGCCGAGUACAGUCCUUUGGCGACGCAGUCAUGAACGAAGUGUUCACUCGCAUCAAGCGCACCAUGACGAACGGCAUCAACGUUGCCGGCCGCCACUACGAAUUCCUCGCUUUCGGAAAUUCCCAGUUCCGCGAGCAUGGGGCUUGGUUCUUCGCCUCUACCAGCGAUCUGACGGCGCAGAAGAUCCGUGACGAGCUUGGAGAUUUCGAGAAGAUCAAGGUCGUCGCAAAGUAUUGCUCCAGAAUCGGACAGUGUUUCUCCACCACACGGGCUACGAGAUGGACCGUCGACGACGAAAGAAUUCCCGACAUCGAGCGCAAUGGCUUUUGCUUCAGCGAUGGCGUGGGCAAGAUCUCACCCUUCCUCGCGCGAAUGAUUGCGCAGGAGCUGGGCUAUCCGAGCUCGAGCGAAGCUUUCCCUUCCGCUUUCCAAUUUCGGCGAGAAGGGCACAAGGGCAUUCUCGUCGUUGACCCUUCGCUGAAGAAGCAUACCAUCCAAACGCGGCCGACGCAAGAGAAGUUCUUUGGAGCCCGGCAUCACGGCUUGGAGAUUGUGCGUGUCUCGCAGUUCUCCACGGCCUACCUCAAUGUCCAGCUGAUCUUGGUCUUGUCUGCGCUGGGCGUGGAAAACAAGGUCUUCGUGGGGAUGAUGCGGACCAUGCUUUCGGAUCUGGAGGAGGCGAUGCUCAGCGAGAGGAAGGCGGUUGAUCUGUUGCAAAAGAACAUCGACUAUAACCACAUGACGGUGCAACUGGCCGAGAUGAUCGCCAGCGGCUUCAUGGAGACGAAGGAUCCCUUCACCAUUUCGUGCCUUCACUUGUGGCGAUCUUGGAGUCUGAAGUACCUCAAGGAGAAGUCUCGUGUAUUUGUUGAGCAAGGGGCUUUCGUUCUCGGCUGCGUUGACGAGACGGCAACGUUGCGAGGGCACUUUGAGAAGCAGUCUGGAUCUGAACAGGACGACAGAAGCCUUGAGAAGCUACCACAGAUCUUCCUGCAAAUCGAUCCCACGUGUAAAGGCAAGUGGAAAGUGAUUGAAGGCGUCUGCAUCCUCGCUCGCAAUCCCUCCCUGCACCCGGGCGACAUCAGAGUCGUUAUGGCCGUAGACGCCCCAGCACUGCACCACAUCAAAGACUGCGUCGUGCUCUCUCAAACCGGCGACCGCGAUCUCGCUAACAUGUGUUCCGGCGGAGACCUGGACGGAGACGACUACCUCGUCAUCUGGGACCCAGCCCUCCUCCCAACCGAAUGGAACCACGCCCCAAUGGACUACACCCCUUCCCCGCCCCUGAUGAGCAAAGACAAAGUCACCGUAGACGACAUGACCUCCCUCUUCGUCACGCACAUGAAACACGACCUCCUCGGCCCCAUCGCCGUCGCGCACAAAUACCACGCCGACGCCCUCGAAGCCGGCAUCAAAGACCCCAUCUGCCUCGAGCUCGCCCAGCUGCACUCCAUGGCCGUCGACUACGCCAAAUCCGGCGUGCCGGCGCAAAUGCCGCGUCGUCUCAAGGUCAAGCGUUGGCCGCAUUGGUGCGAGCCGAAGAACAAGUCACGCGAGAAAGUGUACCAUUCGAAGAAAAUCAUUGGCCAGCUUUACGAUGAAGUCGAGCGCGUGCCUUUCCGCGCCGCGUGGCAUCUACCCUUUGAUCAACGCAUGCUCUGUGCAUACACUCUCGACGACGCGGUCCUGCAAUCCGCGCGCGAAGUCAAAGAAGCCUAUGAUGCGAGCAUCCGCCGCAUUAUGAGCAAAUACGGCAUCGGCACCGAAUUCGAAGUGUGGAGUACAUUUGUACUGGAGCACAGUGAGGAUUUCGGGGACUACAAGUUUGCCGAGACGAUUGGGGAGGCGCGCGCGGCGCUCGUAGACACGUAUCGCAAGCUGUGCUAUGAGAAAGCCGGCACAGAUGAUAGGGAGAAGAUGGCUCCUUUCGUUGCGGCCAUGUAUACCGUCACCGCGGAGGAAGUCGGCGCCGCAUGGAAAGCAGCCAGGCAAACAGUCUUGAAAGGUGGGCGAUGGGUCCCGGUGCGCGAGCCCGGCUUCGGGAAUAUGCCUUUCAUGUCGUUCCCUUGGCUCUUUGCCAAAGAGCUGGGGGAGAUUGCGAAUGGGCAGAAGAAUCUCAAAAUGGAGGGAUCGGGGGCUUUCACUGCGCCGCCGAGCAGGAUGUUGCAGGCGGCGAAGAAGAAGGUGUUUGAGAAGGUGUUGGGCGAGGGCGUUGUGCUGGAGGAGUUGGGGGAGAUGGUGCUGCCGCUUUCUUCUCGACGCCCGGUUGAGAUGAAGACUGGCUUUGAGAAGGCGGAGGUGGAGGACAAUGGCGACGUAUCCGACGGUCUUGCCAUCUCGACGAUCAAGGAAGAAGAAUUUGGUCUCGCCGCGCUUUCCGAGAUCGCAUCUGAAGCGCCAGUGGGACAACAAGCAAGCUCGCUUGCUCCCUGCACUACUCCGCCGCCCAGUGUCGCUCACCGCUCAGCGAAAAUGGACCUCAACGGCACGCAUCCUCCCUUUGCCUCUCCAGAUAUGAAGUCCGUCCAGCCAGCGCUCCCGCGGAAGGCAUUGCCCGUCGCAAACCCCGAGACAGCGAGGCAGGAGAUGCAGCCUUCGCAAUCACCACCCAUCCCCGCCGCCGAGACCAAUGCUUCUGUCAACGAGAAGGAAGAAGGCAACUCAGAUGCCGAUGAUGAGCUGGAGGACGAAUAUGAGGGGGAAAUAUUCAUCACCAUCGACACGAAACCAUCUGCGCUUGAUGCUUUGGCGAGGAUGAUGGAAUUUUGA